UUACAAUUAAAUUGGUGAUGAAGGUGCAUCAGGCUUAGGUUCUGCUUUAGCAAAUUGCAUUAAUCUCUUAAAUUUGACACUUAACCUUGUUUACAAUUAAAUUGGUGCAAUGGGUGCAUCAGGCUUAGGUUCUGCUUUAGCAAAUUGCAUUAAUCUCUCAAAUUUGACACUUCGCCUUGAUUCUAAUUAAAUUGGUGAUGAAGGCGCAUCAGGCUUAGGUUCUGGUUUAGCAAAUUGCAUUAAUCUCUCAAAUUUGACACUUUAACUUUGUUACAAUUAAAUUGGUGCAAUGGGUGCAUUAGGCUUAGGUUGUGCUUUAGGAAAUUGCAUUAAUCUGUCAAAUUUGACAUUUGGCCUUUCUUACAAUUAAAUUAGUGGUGAAGGUGCAUCAGGCUUAGGUUCUGGUUUAGCAAAUUGCAUUAAUCUCUCAAAUUUGACACUUCGCCUUGAUUACAAUUAAAUUGGUGCAAAGGGUGCAUCAGGCUUAGGUUCUGGUUUAGCAAAUUGCAUUAAUCUCUCAAAUUUGACACUUCGCCUUGAUUCUAAUAAAAUUGGUGAUGAAGGUGCAUCAGGCUUAGGUUCUGGUUUAGCAAAUUGCAUUAAUCUCUCAAAUUUGACACUUCGCCUUGAUUACAAUUAAAUUGGUGCAAUGGGUGCAUCAGGCUUAGGUUCUGCUUUAGCAAAUUGCAUUAAUCUCUUAAAUUUGACACUUAUCCUUAGUUCUAAUUAAAUUGGUGAUGAAGGUGCAUCAGGCUUAGGUUCUGGUUUAGCAAAUUGCAUUAAUCUCUCAAAUUUGAAACUUUACCUUUAUUCUAAUUAAAUUGGUGAUGAAGGUGCAUCAUACUUAGGUUCUGCUUUAGCAAAUUGCAUUAAUCUCUCAAAUUUGACACUUUACCUUUCUUGUAAUUAAAUUGGUGAUGAAGGUGCAUCAGGCUUAGGUUCUGGUUUAACAAAUUGCAUUAAUCUCUCAAAUUUGACACUUUGCCUUUCUUCUAAUUAAAUUGGUGAUGAAGGUGCAUCAGGCUUAGGUUCUGGUUUAGCAAAUUGCAUUAAUCUCUCAAAUUUGACACUUUAACUUGAGUAAAAACAGUUUAUUUGUUUUGGAUUGUGA